AUGAGCCUGCCAGAAGUGGCCAUGUCCUCCUCCAGCUCCUCAAGUGAGAUAGUAGUCAUGGAUGUAGUGGAGGGGGGCAUUGGCCACUCUGGCCAGGAGAUAGGAGAAGCAAGUGGGAGAAGCAAGCAGAAGCAGAGGCAGCCCAGGAUCUUAAAAAGAGCAGAUCCUGGAAGGAAGAAUAAAUAUGCAGAUAGCUUUCGUGCAGAGGAGAAUACAGUACUGGUAAACAAACUUUGCCAGUACUACCAAUGUAUAUUUGGGGGAGCAGCCAAAAAGAGUUCCAGAGCACAGAAGGAAAAUCGGUGGAGGAAGAUUGUGGCAGCGGUGAAUGCUGUUGGAGGGAACAACCGCACCGAGGACGUGGUGAAGAAACAGUAAGUGCACUUAUAUUCCUAAAAAAUAAUUUUCUUUAUGCCAUGUUUUAUUAAAACUUUUUUUUUUCCUCCAUGUGCUUUUGCUACACACACCCACUAGUGGCAGCUAUGCUUUUAAAGUCUUUUAAAAGUGAGGGUUGGGUCACUUAAGCACAUAGAGGGAAAAAACACCAUGUGCUUUAAAGGAACACUAUAGUGAUAGGAAUACAUGUUUGCAUUCCUGUCACUAUAACUGUGAAAACACAGUUUAACCUCCCUCUCAGCAAUGUAACUGUAAUUAAAGGGACACUCCAGUGCCAGGAGAACAAACCGCCUCCCACCCCUCAUCCCAGGGGGAGACCAAUUGUGCAUGCGCUGCCGCCGGCGGGGUGAGACCUAAUGCGCAUGCGCUGCAAUGCUGCACAUGCACAUUAGACCUCCCCAUAGGAAAGCAUUGAAAAAUGCUUUCCUAUGGGGGUUUCAGCGACGCCACUAGAGGAGGAGUUAACCCUCCAAGGUAAAUAUUGCAGUUUAUGAAAACUGCAAUAUUUAUUUACAGUUGCAGGGUUAAGGGUAGUGGGAGUUGGCACCCAGAAGUGGUCUGGGUGCUUGGAGUGUCCCUUUAAUUACUCAUCCUUAUAGCAGAGCUGUGCUCUGCCUCCUUGGCUGCGAUCUUUAUAAUUGACAAGAUCAGCAAAUCCAAUGCUUGGUCUGGGUGCCUAUAGUAUCCCUUUAAACAUGUCAGUAAACAUAUAUAUAUAGAAACAUAUUAAAGUAAUUAAUCAAUUACACAUGUCAUCAUGUCAUUGCAGUUACUACGACAUCAGGCGGAUGGUGAAGAGGAAGGUGAAGGCAGCAGCCGCCUCCAGGAAGACAGGAGGCGGUUCACAAGAACCGGACCUGCUACCCUAUGAAGAGGAGCUCCUGCAGUUCCUGGGAAGAGAAAACCUCCUUGGGAUUGAGGGGACACCUGGCACUGAAACAUCUGAAG